AUGGGCGUCAAGCCAGUCUCCCCGCGAGGGGACAUCAAGAAGUUCGUGAGGGCUAAUAAGCUCUAUACAGACAUGAGCGUUGCCACACCGGAUCCAAACCAUAUGUUUAUUUGUAAAACGUGUCGAAGACCCUUUGCACGACAAGAUGCUCUUACUCGCCAUGAGAAGCUGCAUGUCCGUGCGAUGAAUGCAGACAAUGGCUCAACGGAGGCAGCUUUGCCACUGCAGCCUGCUUCGAUUACAUCCCACGCUUCUUGGGAAACGAGCGCUUCUACUACUGAUCCAGCAUCGACUUCGGAAACCAGUAAUUCAUGGGAUGAUUUAACCUACUCUGGAAAUGAUACGGAGAUGCAUCAUGUCAUCUCCGCGGGUUUGGACUUCACAUUGGUCUGGCCUGAUUUGGAGGACUUGUUCCGGAGCCUGAUGUCCACAGACGCGUCAGAUCAAUGGCACAUGCCGCUUGGCACUUUGCCGUUUCUACCCGUCGUGCAAGAUGUGAAGGGUGUCAACUUUGGGUCGCCAAGCACAUUUGAUGACCAUAGCUCCUCUGUUGGGGCAAUACCCCGAGGAGGUGGACAUCGACCUCGUGAUCUGCCACAAUACCUAUAUGUGGCUAUGUCACUUGCAGGAGCCGGCACAGUGAAUCUGCCUCGAAACACUGUCCGGCAGGAUGCCCUGCUAUCACACUCGGAUCUCAAUAUUGGUGAUCAGGAUAUUCGGCCUCCAUCUGGGUCGGAGACAAAGCGCUUUGUGGAAGGAGGAAGUGGAUCUCCAUCGCUCCAGUUUUCGGCCAAUGGCAGUAUCCGAACUCUGCUUUAUGUCUUAUGA